GGCUCAGCUGCUGUGCCGGGGCCUGAGCGGCUGCCUCCUUCCCAACCGGGAGCCCGAGCUCGGAACGCUGCGCAUAGACCCAGUGUGCCUGCUGGUCUGUGCCCAGGUUGAGAGCCAUGCCAGUCUGUGGGUGAAGUCUGAGACAGUAAUGGAGCCUCUGCAGCAGCAACAAAAGCAGCCACACCAGGCUCCUCUACAGAUGGAUGCCAGAGAGAAGCAGAACCUGCAGACAAGAGAAGCACAGUUGCUGUAUGCCCCCAAACUAACCACCCAGCCUACUCUCCUUUCUGUCACACCUGGGAGACCUUCUGGUAGCCCUGUUCUGGGCCCCUUAGCCAGAGUUACACCAGCCACACCAGUGACCCAAGUAUUUGAGCAGAGCAGCAUCAACUCCGAACCUGAGGAAGAGGAAGGAGGUCUGGAAGACGAAGAUGGAGAUGAUAAUGUUGCAGAGGUGGCUGAGAAAGAGGCCCAGGCUGCUUCCAAAUAUUUCCAUGUCCAAAAAGCAACUCGCCAAGACCCCAGAGCAGCACCCAUGUCCAGCCUGCUUCCAGCACCUGGACUCCCACUACAGGGACAACAAGCUAAAGAAGACCAUACCAAAGAUACUUCCAAGGCCCCACCUUCCAUCCCCACAGCUGGGCAGUCGAGCUGGAAUCUGGAUGAGCAGCUUAAGCAGAAUGGUGCUUUGGCCUGGAGCGAUGAUACUGAUGGAGGCCGGGGAAGAGAGAUCUCUCGAGAUUUUGCCAAGCUGUAUGAACUGGACGGUGACCCUGAAAGGAAAGAAUUUCUGGAUGACCUCUUUGUCUUUAUGCAGAAGAGGGGCACUCCUAUCAACCGGAUUCCCAUAAUGGCCAAGCAGAUCCUGGACCUGUAUAUGCUAUAUAAACUGGUCACAGAGAAGGGGGGCUUGGUGGAGAUAAUCAACAAGAAAAUCUGGAGGGAGAUCACCAAAGGCCUGAACCUGCCCACGUCCAUCACCAGUGCUGCCUUCACUCUCAGGACCCAGUACAUGAAGUAUCUAUAUGCCUAUGAGUGUGAGAAGAAAGCCUUGAGCUCCCCAGCUGAACUACAGGCUGCCAUUGAUGGCAAUCGUCGGGAAGGUCGGAGGCCCAGCUAUAGCUCCUCCCUCUUUGGCUAUUCUCCUGCCACUGCUGCUGCUGCUGCUGCCGCCGCCGCUGCUGCUGCUAGUGCUGCCACUGCUGGGGCCCCUGCCCUUCUAUCGCCUCCCAAGAUCCGAUUCUCUAUCCUUGGACUUGGCUCCAGCAGUGGUACCAAUGCCAGUAGCCCUCGGAUAUCCCCAGCAUCUACUCUCAGGAAAGGUGAUGGAGUCCCAGUGACAGCAGUGCCUGUGCCAAAUCGCCUGGCUGUGCCUGGGACUUUGGCAGGCCAGCAGGCUGGCAACCGGACAGGCACACUGGAGCAGCUACGGGAGCGUCUAGAAUCAGGGGAGCCCCCUGAGAAGAAGACAUCAAGGUUGUCGGAGGAGGAGCAGCGCCUGGUGCAGCAGGCCUUCCAGCGCAACCUCUUGAGCAUGGCACGGCAGCUCCCCAUGAAGAUCAGGAUCAAUGGCAGGGAAGACAGAGCAGAGACUUCUGCUGCAGCACUGAACCUGACUACAAGCAGCAUUGGAAGCAUCAAUAUGUCUGUGGAUAUUGAUGGCACCACCUAUGCAGGUGUGCUAUUUGCCCAGAAACCAGUGGUCCACCUCAUUGCAGGCUCUGCUCCCCAGAGCAUUGGCAGCGGCACCAGCAGCACCAGCACCAGCUCUCACUGCUCACCAAGUCCUACCUCAUCCCGGGGCACCCCCAGUGCAGAGCCCUCGACCAGCUGGUCCCUCUGAUGAGCAGCACCCAGCACCCAUUCCCUACUCUCCUGCAGAGAAUAAGGGAGAUUGAUGCACAGAAUUUACCUCAUCUCAUGGAGCCCACAUCAGAUACCAUCUGGCCAGAUGUUGAAUUUGGAAGUGUUCGUCUGUUCAGGCUCCAUUCAGGUUCUGCUGUACUCUGGGGACAAGG